ACAUUUUCCUUCCGUGGAGCUUGUAACCUUGGCGGUGUUGCCAUGCAAUGGUUUCAAACGUGCGUAGGAGGACUUUGCAGUGAUCAGAGACUCUGCCACUUGAAGUGAACCAUCAGCCAGCUCUUUCACUUACCUUCUAAAAUAGUGAGCGCUCAUAUUUCCAGCCAGAGAGGAGGAGACAAGUGCGUGUCACUUUCACAUCAUGGCGCAUCGCUCCGCGUAUCCAGCCGUCCCGCUCGCUCUGCUGCUGCUUGGAGUUCUGGCGAUCCUGCUGUUGACCAUCCCCACUCAGGACAUCCGUGAGCAGCCCACUUUCAUGUAUGGGAUUGUCCUGGAUGCUGGAUCUUCACACACAGCUUUGUAUAUCUAUAAGUGGAGGGCAGACAAGCAAAAUGGCACCGCCGUGGUUACCCAGCAUAGCGAAUGCAAAGUGAAGGGUGGAGGCAUAUCUAGCUAUGCGGGCCAACAGGGGGGAGCAGCGAAGAGCUUACAGGCGUGUCUGGACCAGGCCGUGAAAGAUGUUCCCAAAGAACGACACAAGCGCACAUCGGUGUACUUGGGAGCCACAGCGGGGAUGAGGCUUCUGCAAAAUUCCAACCCUGAACAAUGCAAUCAGAUUCUGCAGGAAGUUGGCCAAAAAAUCCGGUCUUACCCUUUCGACUACAAAGGAGCCUCUAUAUUGAGUGGAAAAGAUGAGGGUGCAUACGGUUGGGUCACCGUUAACUAUCUCUUAGAGAACUUCAUCAAGUAUGGAUUUGUGGGCCACUGGUUCAAACCCAACAGACCAACAGUGGGAGCACUUGACUUUGGUGGGGCAUCCACACAGAUAACAUUUGCAACUCAGUCAUCCAUAGAGGAUAAGAAAGAUGCAAAAAUAUUUCGUCUUUAUGGCCAGGAGUACUCGCUGUACACACACAGCUUCUUGUGCUUUGGGAUAGACCAGAUUGUCAAAAGACUUCUGGCUCAUAUCAUAAAGUCUCAGGCUUACUCAGAGUCAGUCACUCAACCAUGUUAUCCAGCAGACUACAAUAAGUCAUUUGAAAUGGACAAUAUAUUCAACUCUCCAUGCACAAAAAAGGACAAACCCCAGUCUUACAGCCCACAGGCUUCUGUGAGAUUACAAGGCAGUGGACAAUAUGAGCACUGUCUGGGUAAUGUGUCAGAGUUAUUCUCCUUCGACAACUGUCCCUUCUCACAGUGCUCCUUUGACGAAGUCUUCCAACCAAACAUUACCGGGAGCUUCAUGGCUUUCUCGACAUUCUUCUACAUUCACUCCGUCCUGCAGCAGAUCACUGGGAUCCCUAUAAACAACCCACAACAACUGGAUGAUGCAAUCAAAACCGUGUGCAAGAUGAGUUACAGUCAGAUGCAUCUUCUUGCUCCUGAACACCUGCCUUAUUUGCAAGACUACUGUGCUUCCUCUUUGGUUAUGAAGAUGCUCCUCUUGAAAGGAUACGGCUUUGAUGACAGUUCAUUCCCAAACAUUUUCUUCACAAACAAGGCUGGGGACACGUCGGUAGGCUGGGCUCUGGGCUACAUGCUGUAUGAGAGUAAUUUCCUGCCUUCGGAGUCAGUGGAGCUGAGGAAAGCUCUGACCCUGGGAGCAUGGGGAACGCUCAUCUUCCUCUUUGUCCUGCUCCUCACAGCAGCCCUGAUCUUCAUUUGUUUUCAAGUCCGAAACAAGGGAGGAGGUGGUCAAAGCACCAUCUAGAUACUGCAGCUAAAACAAAAGGAUUGUUAACGACUAAAAGUAAUUGCAAGGAUCGUUGACAAAAAAAAACGGAAUAAGUUAUUCGAAGAUUUUUAGAUUGUUCAUUCAUGUUAUGUUGUUUUUUCAGUCUCUAGCAAUGGAAAGUACAGUUAGAGAACAGCAAGACAGGGGGAUGUUUUUACCUGUUUUGGUGCAUAAUUUCCAUCUCAAACACAGAAUACUCACGGUAUACUCACCAUACUCUGGCAACAGCAGUUUAGCUGCUUUUCUGCAUACAUUUGCUUUAAAAUGUGAUCUUUUCAAGAGCCAAGUUACCAUAUUAAACAAACACAGCGUACUUAAGCUCUUAAGACAAAACCAGUUAUUGAUUCUUGUGUAUUUUAAUAUAGAAACUCGUCUUCCGAUGUAAAUCUUCGUCACAAAAAGGAGAUCUCUGAUGACACACAAUCAAGAUUAACUGUUCUGUGAAUGGCUGGAAAGGGAUGUGCAACCAUCUUAGUAGCUUACCUAGAGUUUAGGCAUCCAUCAGACCACAAUUAAACAAACUGUCUAACAAUUGUGAAAUGUUAUCACUGUGGAAACGUCCUUAUCAUGGGCGACCCAGCCAAGAUGCCUUCAGAGGUGAGUUACACUGACUUGGAUGAAUUUCAGAUCACAGUGAGAAAAACCGGUCACACUUGUUCUUUCUAUUGUAUAUAUACUUUUUUUUAAAUGAACAUAGUUAAUUAUUAUCAACAGCAAUUGAAGAAUAAGCGUACAUGUGGCUAUAACUCUGUUGUGUUUUGGUUUCAUGUAAAACUAACCCUUGCUCAGUGCUCUAAUGAAAGAAAGAUUGUUAAUAAUGUUCAGUACAGCACUUCCCCGGUGGCCUUGGUCACUGAAUGUAUUUCUUUUUUUAUACUUGAGGAGUCAAACCAUUUCUGUUUACAUGGAAUUAGAAAACAAAUCUUUUUUAUCUUUAUUUUAUUUCAUUUUAAAAUUUGACCAUAGUCUGUUACAUUAAAAUAAAGAACAUUGUUGAGAUUACUAUGAUUUUACCAUAUGAAUAUAAAUGACUUUAUUUCUUUUAAUAUGUUUUCUGUGCAAAAUUUUUGUCUCUU